UUGACAACGAAACACGGUUGAUGCGAAACUCGAAACUAACCUCUUCUUUCUGUCAACGACAAACAGUGAAAUAUUGAAGAAUUUUGAGUACUUAUAAUGUGAAGGUGCCAAAAACUUUUUGGAGUAAAUAGUUGAUAGGAUUGUUUGAUACGUUAUCAAGAAGUUACACCAAUGCCUUCAGCAACAGGAUCAGAAAAUUAGAUAUACUGCACGAAAAAAACUAAAAGGGAAAAUUCGGAAGACAUCUUUUCGAAAGAAGAGAAUUUCCGACGAAACAAGUAGCAUAUGUUAAUUAACGUUUUGAAGCUCCUCGAAAAUGUGCAGUCACUCUCGCUUGAAGAAAAAGUGUGCCUUUUCAGAGAAUUUACGAAGAACUCGUUGUCAGACCAAGUGAAAGGUGGUGGCGGGAAAGGUGGGGCUAGUCUGCCUAGUAAUGAAGAAUGUGGAAUUCGAGAUGUUUGGGGCCACAACCUGGAAGAAGAAUUUCGUGCGAUUCGUCAAGUCGUACAGCAAUAUCAGUAUAUAGCUAUGGACACAGAAUUCCCUGGAGUCGUCGCAAGGCCAAUUGGAGAAUUCAGAACGAGCGCAGACUAUCAGUAUCAACUUCUGCGCUGCAAUGUAGAUUUACUUCGGAUUAUACAACUCGGUCUGACGUUCCUGGAUGAGACGGGUAAUACGCCAGGUGGGAAUUAUACUACCUGGCAGUUUAACUUCAAAUUCAAUCUUGCAGAGGAUAUGUACGCACAGGAUAGUAUAGAUAUGUUGCAGAACAGUGGUAUACAGUUUAAGAAACACGAAGAAGAGGGAAUCAAUCCUCUUGACUUUGCGGAACUUUUAAUGACAUCGGGCAUCGUGCUCAUGGAAGACAUAAAGUGGCUGUCGUUUCAUUCUGGUUACGAUUUCGGAUACCUCCUGAAACUUCUCACUGAUCAAAAUCUUCCACAAGAAGAGAGCGACUUCUUCGAAUUGCUUAGGAUAUACUUUCCGACGAUUUACGAUGUUAAAUACCUUAUGAAGUCUUGUAAGAACUUGAAGGGGGGUUUACAAGAAGUGGCUGAGCAGUUAGAGCUUCAACGAGUGGGGCCUCAGCAUCAAGCAGGGUCUGAUUCUCUAUUGACUGGCAUGGUAUUUUUCAAGAUGCGAGAGAUGUUUUUCGAAGACAAUAUCGACGAUGCAAAGUACUGCGGUCACUUGUACGGUUUGGGAACGUCGUUUGUCGUAAACGGAUCUGGCGGCUACCUCGAGAGCAAUGGGGAAAAUACUUCGUCCUCGUAAUCGCUGAGACUUGAGAAGCGCACCCCAAUCAUACUUGCGACACAGUACUAGCGAAUAAACCAUUACGAGUGUCUUCGCUACGCUCAGACCUGGAUAUUUUGGACAAUUUUCAGUGAACGAAGCGAAACUCGAUUUUUUUUCGAUGCAUUUCCACAUUUUUUAAAUAUUUUAAUUCGUGCAGGCUACACUGAUUUGUGUUCGACGCGUACCACUGGCAGAGUUUAUACGAGAACGCAUGUCAAUCGUGAGAAAGGAGAGAUACAGAGACAUAUAAAAACGGAAAUUGUAGAAUACAUGUAAUCUUAUAACAAAUCGUGACAAUAUAAGUAUUCGAGUUAGAAAUGCAGCAUUUUUCUUUUAUAGUACUGGUGUAAAAUAUAGUAUUGAAUGUUAUUUAGUUUCCGUUAAAAUGUCAAUUAUUCCCUCUAAACCCUUGAUUGAUAGGAUAUAUUGGGAUAUAAUGAUGGAUUUGUAUUCUUCUGUUGUGAAUUGAUAAACAUAGAUUGAAAAUGAAAAAAAUUAUCUAUCUUAAGAGAAAAGACCAAUUUCCUUGUUGUUAAUCUUAAGGAGAAUGCUGCAUGAAUCAGAAGUAAUCAAAUUAUUCGAAGUUUGUUAAGAAUAGACUUAAAAAAAUAUAUAUUUUGUUUUGAAAUUUCAUUUUAAAUUAAACAUUUCGAGCCUCCUUGA